CACUCCGUGCCAACAACUAUCGGCGCCUGCACGGCUGAACUCGCAUAGAAAUUGGCUAUCUCAGUAUUGGCAACGGCGAGAAUAGAGAGGUAGAGCAAGAGCAAGCAUCGUAACAUUGUGGUGGUGGUGGUCGCUGACCAAGAGUGGUAAGCAUCGCGUCGGCUGUCGAACGCCUGUCAACUACACUUCUAUCACGACGACUACCAUGUGUGUAAAAAGUUGUACUAUGCUUGUACAGUAAAUCCCUCUGUAUUCACGGUCCUUCGAAUCACUGUUUUCUGCCGUAUUUCUUCCAUUCUUCGCAGUAUGGCUCCAGGUCCUCGAUGGAAACGGGCCAUCGAAAACGCCUUAGCAGCGAACGAGAAAUCAAUUGUCACUCAGCUGGCCUCCAUCGACCCUACGACACCGAUACCCCAUGUCCGUUCCCUCAUUUUCCGAGGUUUCAUCAACCCCACCACGAACCCAGAACUCCCUCUCUUACUCUUCACAACCGACAGCCGCACGCCCAAAACCUCGCAAAUAAUCUCGAAUCCUCACGUCCAGCUCGCAUGGUGGAUCGAGGGCGCGAAAGAGCAGUAUCGCGUCGCAGGUCUCGCGACCAUUAUCCCUGCCCCGACCAACAGCUUGUACAAGCACUUCCUCCACUCUACGCAAGCUGGAAACAGCAACGGCUCCAUGGGAAUACUCUUCAAAGAAGGCUUUGACUGGGAAGCGAAGAGGCAGGAAGUCUUCAAAAGCAUGAGUCCCUACAUGAAAGCAUCGUGGUGCCGGCCUACCCCUGGUUCACCGCUUGUAGGCGGAGAAGAAGAGGCGAAGAAAUGGCCUCUCAAGUUGGAGGAGCCUAAUGCCGAAGGAGAGUGGAGCAGUGAAGAGAACAAGCGCCUUUGGGAGACAGCGUUAAGCCAUUUCGCCUUGCUGGUGGUCGACCCGACGGACGUUGACUAUCUCGAGCUGGGACCUGUGCCAGAUCGCAGGACAAGGUUUUGGAGGAACGAUAAGGGUUCUUGGGACGAAGAGGCUCUUGUACCGUGAUUAUAUGCGCUGUACCUUUUUUUUCUAUUUCGUUAUCCUUUUAGACGUCCUUGAUAACUUACUAUGUACCAUUGCAGACAUUUCAUAGAAUACACGAUACCGUCGACACGUUGAAACAUAGAUAUCAUUGGUUGCCAUGACGGAGGGCGUAUGGUGGACUUUAGCAGGUUUCUUCCAAAGCUAAUAACCUUACCAGGGGAGGCUCGUGUCUCGCUGCAGGAAUAAGAUUUCUUGGGUCUGUACUUAGAUGCUGCAUCUCAAGCGCUGACCUGCCGCAGACAAUAGACAAGAAGCUCUCGAAUCUUCUG